AAAUCAUGGCUGUCGGUCCUGUGAACGGUUCUAGCGGCAAGUCCGCCCUGCCGCUGCUGCGUCAGCUGUCCAAAGACCAUGAUCUGGUCCUGAAGACCUUUCGCAUGCUCAUUGCCGAUCUGUGCCAGCAGUUCGGCGGCGGUCAUCCCGGAGGUGCCAUUGGAAUGGCCGCAAUCGGUGUCGCGCUGUGGCGAUACGUCAUGCGCUACGCUCCUCACACCCCCGACUACUUCAAUCGCGAUCGAUUUGUCCUGUCCAACGGCCACACUUGUCUCUUCCAGUACACCUUCCUGCAUCUGACCGGAUACAAAGACAUGACCUUUGAGCAGCUCAAAUCCUACCACUCGGAUCGUACCGAUGCGCUCUGCCCCGGUCACCCGGAAAUCGAGCACGAGGGCAUCGAAGUCACCACCGGCCCUCUGGGCCAAGGAGUGGCGAAUGCGGUCGGACUGGCCAUGGCUACGAAGAAUCUGGCGGCGAAGUUCAACCAGCCGGGAUACGACCUCAUUAAUAACCACACCUGGUGCAUGAUUGGAGAUGCCUGUCUGCAGGAGGGUGUUGGCCUGGAGGCUAUCUCGUUCGCUGGUCAUCUCAAGCUCAACAACCUAACCGUCAUCUAUGACAACAACCAGAUCACCUGCGACGGAUCGGUUGACCUGACUAACACGGAAGAUAUCAACGCGAAGAUGCGCGCGUCGGGCUGGGAUGUUAUCGAUAUCGAGGACGGAUGCUUCGACGUCGAGGGUCUUGUGCAAGCGUUAGAGCGUGCUCGGUCCGCAACGGAGAAACCAACGUUUAUCAACGUACGGACGGUCAUCGGACUGGGCAGCAACGUUGCGGGCCAAGCUGCCGCCCACGGUGCUGCUUUUGGCGCCUCGAAUGUCGCGCAGAUGAAGAAGGACGUUGGGUUCAGCCCGGACGAUCUGUUCGUCAUUGGAGAGACGGCGCGGAACUUUUUCCGAGAUCUGCCUGAGCGUGGAGAGGCCCUGGUGCAGGAGUGGAACGACCUGGUCAAUAAGUAUAUCGCGGACUUCCCCGAGCUGGGAGCUGAGUUCCAGCGUCGCGUGAAGGGUGAACUGCCCUCCAACUGGAAGGACUUGAUUCCGGCCAGCUUCCCAGAUAAGCCGACGGCCUCUCGCGCAGCAUCCGGCCUGGUUUUCAAUCCUAUCGCCAAGGAGUGCGAGUCGUUCAUGGUCGGAACUGCUGAUCUUUCUCCGUCCGUUAACAUGAUCUGGCCUGGCAAGGUGGACUUCCAGCAUCGCGAUCUGCGGACGACUUGCGGAAUCAAUGGAGACUACUCCGGCCGCUACAUCCACUACGGCGUGCGAGAACAUGCCAUGGGCGCCAUCUCCAACGGUCUCGCUGCCUACGCCCCCAACACCAUCGUCCCCGUCACCUCGUCAUUCUUCAUGUUCUACCUGUACGCCGCUCCGGCCGUGCGAAUGGGUGCCCUACAACAUCUCCAAAUUAUUCACGUUGCCACCCACGACUCCAUCGGAAUGGGCGAGGACGGCCCGACGCAUCAACCCAUCGAGUUGGCCGCUCUAUACCGCGCUAUGCCUAACCUGCUGUACAUUCGACCUGGCGACAGCGAGGAAACCGCUGGCGCCUGGAUCGCUGCCAUUGAGGCCAAGAAAACACCCACAAUCAUCUCGACCUCCCGCCACACUCUCCCCCAACUCAAGCAAACCCGCCGCGACGGCGUGCUGCGCGGCGCCUACGUCCUCGAGGAGGCCGAAAACGCAACUGUGACGCUCAUCGGCGUGGGUGCGGAACUAUCCUUUGCUCUAGACGUCGCCAAGCAACUCAAAGAGAAGGGAAUUGUCGCGAGAGUGAUCAGUUUCCCUUGCCAGCGCCUCUUCGAACGCCAACCACUGGAAUACAGGCGUUCUGUUCUACAACGCGGCACACCAGCCGUGGUCAUUGAGCCCUACGCGCCGAACGGAUGGGAACGAUACGCCACGGCGGGCGUUUCCAUCCAGCGCUUCGGCCAUAGCUUGCCCGGCAAGGCGGCGUACAAGUUCUUUGGAUAUGAGAUUGAUGUUUUGACGGGCAAGGUGACCGACUAUCUAGAUCGCCUAGCGAAGGACGAGUUUCUGCAGGGGGAAUAUGUAGACCUGUAA